AUGCCUCCAACGCGACGUGCCCGCUCUCCUGCCGCGACGCCGCCGUCGCCCUACGCCAUCAAAGGGUGGCUAUCCCGCUGCCGUCGCUCAACGUGGAGCAGGCGCGCCGCCGCCGGUGCCGAUGACGACCCCCUGGCCAUCCUGCCGGACGACCUUCUCUUCGAGUCCAUCUUCUCCCGGGUGUUUUCGGACGACGCCGACAUCGCCCGCUGCGCAGCCGCGUGUAGGCGCUGGGGUCGCAUCGUGGCCGCGCGCGGCGCCACCGCCAUCUGCCGCUCCCUGCCGCCGCCUGACCGGCUUCUCCCCCACCUCGCCCUCGGCUUCUUCCACGGAGGCACGGACGACGGCAACCCCAGGCGGAGGCGGCUGGCAGCUUCGUCGCAGCUGAGCCCGUGGUUCGUGCCCAUGGCGUCCGCCACCCGCCUCAUUGGCUUGCCGAUCCCGGGCCUCCAACUAGGCGGCGGCAGCCUUUUCCACCACGCACGUCCGGUGGCGUCCCGCAACGGCCUCGUCGUCCUCGAGCUCUGGAGCGGGGGCGCCCGCCGUGCCGAACACCUCGCCCUCGCCGUGUGCAACCCGAUGACGGGCGACAUGGCCCUUCUCCCGCCCCUCGCGGGCCCCGGGCACGACUACGCAUGCGCGCUGCUCACUGCCGACGACCUGCUCGAUGAACACGCACCGCCUGGUCCUCACCGGCCGGGACGACCGGGACUGUUCUUCAGCCUUGUCCUGGUCUACAACCGCCGCAGCUUCACAGCUCUGCGGUGCUACACCAGCUCCUCGUCCUCGGACGGCGCCGGAAGCUGGGGGUCGGAAUCCAGGAAACCAGGCGCCAAGAUUAAAGGCCACAUCCUACGUCAUCUAGGACAGGCCGUCGUGCUCGCCGGAGUGGCCUACUGGCCCAUGUACUUAGGGGUUCUGGGUCUGCGCGUGCGCCUGGACGGCGCUGGCGGUGGCGCGGCGGUCGUGGACGUGUGCAUGGUGCCAUACAGCGCGCCAAACGCCCUGCCGGGCAACCGGCUGCUCGGCACGACGCCAGACGGGAGGCUGAGCUUCAUCAGCGUGGGCGUGCGCGAAGACAUUUCCGUGUUCAGCUUCAGAGUUGAGACCUUGGACCUGCGAAGCAUCGACGACGACAUGAGCACGGCGGCUAAGCGAUGGGAGGAGAACACCGAAUUGAUCUACCUACACCAGCUGAAGGAGGUGUCGACGACGACACAGAUCAAGCUGCGGUGGCUUUGUGAGAAGAGUGGCACACUGUUCUUUACUGUCGGCGAAGGUGCAAGCACAAGCACAAGCGGGGCCUUCUCCUUGAACCUCACGACGACAUCGCUUGAAAAGCUGGCGGAUGGCGCAGAGUGCAACUCUUGGACGAACUUGUGUGGAUAUGAAAUGGACCACACGGCACUCAUUGCGUCCAUCAUAGCUCGAUUCACUUAG